AUGAGGUUCUUGGUGAAAUUUCUUGUCGCUGUGACAUUAGUCUUUUCAGUCUUUGUAGUAACAACAGAAUCAGCUCCUGAAUCUGCUCUUAUCACCAAAAUUCCUGGCUUCAAUGGCACUUUUCCUUCAAAACACUACGCCGGGUAUGUGACGAUCGAUAAGGAGCAUGGGAAGAAUUUGUGGUAUUACUUUAUUGAAUCGGAAAAGAAUCCAUCAAAAGACCCGGUCGUACUUUGGCUUAAUGGUGGUCCAGGUUGUUCAAGCAUGGAUGGAUUUGUCUACGAGCAUGGUCCUUUCAAUUUCGAACCAGCAAAGACUAACACUAGUCUUCCACAGUUACAUCUCAAUCGUUAUAGUUGGUCCAAGGUCUCUAACAUCAUAUACCUUGAUUCUCCUGUUGGGGUUGGAUUCUCUUACUCAAAGAACAAAUCUGAUUACGAUACCGGUGAUAUGAAAACCGCGUUUGACUCUCACGCGUUCCUUCUCAAGUGGUUCCAGAUGUUCCCGGAGUUCCAAUCAAAUCCGUUUUACAUCUCCGGAGAAUCUUACGCUGGAGUUUAUGUUCCAACUCUUGCUGCAGAAGUAGUCAAAGGGAACAAAGAUGGGUCAAAGCCGGCUCUUAACUUCAAGGGAUAUUUGGUUGGAAAUGGAGUUACGGAUCCGAUGUUUGAUGGAAACGCUCUUAUCCCAUUUGCACACGGAAUGGGACUAAUCUCUGAUCAACUCUUUGAGAACGUUACAAAAGCUUGCCAUGGAAACUUCUAUGAAAAUGAUGGAGUUGAGUGCAACGAACAGUUGAAUAAAGUUGGAGAGGACGUAGGCAGAUUGAACGUGUACAACAUUCUUGAGCCAUGUUUCCACGGAACAUCACUAUCAGCUUUUGACAUAAGAUCGCUACCUUCAAGUCUUCUUCAGCUAGGCAAAACCGAAAAGUCGUUAGCUGUAAGAAAAAGAAUGUUUGGUCGUGCAUGGCCAGUUCGUGCACCUGUUAGGCCAGGCAUUGUCCCUAGCUGGUCUCAACUCCUUGCUGAUGUCUCUGUUCCUUGCAUCGAUGAUAGAGUUGCAACAGCUUGGUUAAACCAUCCAGAGAUUAGAAAAGCUAUUAAUGCUAAAGAGGAGAGCGAGAUUGGAAGAUGGGCACUCUGUUCUGGAAAACUCUUAUUCGACCAUGAUGCAGGAAGCAUGCUCAGAUUUCAUAGAAACCUCACCCUAAGUGGAUAUAGAGCUCUCAUUUACAGCGGGGAUCAUGAUAUGUGUGUUCCAUUUACUGGCUCUCAAGCUUGGACAUAUUCUCUUGGAUACAAGGUGAUUGAUGAAUGGAGGCCAUGGAUGUCAAACGACCAAGUCGCAGGGUAUACGCAAGGAUAUGCAAACAAUCUCACAUUUUUAACUAUCAAGGGAGCAGGACAUACGGUUCCUGAGUAUAAACCGCGAGAGUCUUUGGAUUUCUAUAGCCGAUUUCUAUCAGGAAGCACGAUUUAA